AUGGACAUGAACGUCCACCAUCACGACCCUAACAAUAUCCCCCCCACCGCCUCCUCGUCCCGCAAGCGUUCCCGCGAGAACGAGACUCCCAGCCAGAGACACAAGCGCGAGAAAGCAGCGGAGCGACAGCGUCGGAAGCGCGAGCGCGACCGCCAGGCGGGGCUAAAUAAUAUUCUUGCUUUGUCUCAGGUCCAGGCCGGUGCGCCCCAGGUCGAGCAGCCGAUACCCGACCCUCAGUCCAUCUCGGAUGUCUACAAGGGCGACGAAUUCAGCAUGGAAGAACUUGCCAAGCGGGAUAGGGUUCGUGCUGCAGCGCGAGAGCGGCAAAGGAAGCACCGCGCUUUGGUGAAGGCGCGGAAGUUGCGGGAGUUGGGGCUGGAUAUGGGGAACGAAAUUCUGCCGGGCAUGGAGGAGGUGCAGUACCGCAUGAACGCGGACGGACAAUAUCAGCCUGUCAUGCCUCACGAAAUGCCACCUCACCAACCGCCACAUACGCAUCCCAUGCACGAACCACCCUUUCCCCAGGGCCAGCCCCUCGGUGGCCAGACCUUCGCCUCGACUCUCCUCCUCUCCUUUUCCUGCGCACCGCUGCUCAAGCAGCAUCUCCUGCGGACACUCAAUAUGACCAACGAGGAGUUGGCCUCAUUGGAGCCCAUCAUCGCGCAGGCUUGGGACCACUGGGACCAACAGCGUCGGAUGCAUGCCUUCGCGCACCAUCCCGGGAACGCUCAGAAAGCGCCAGACGGGUCUGCCAUGCACGACCCGAACGCGCCGUACCAGAUGAACGACCAUGGCGUGACGCACCCGUACGUGCACGACCCCUCGCAGGCACCGCCGAACGACUUCCGCGCACGCUUUCAUCGCCCGCUCGUCGCGCCCUCCCCUUUCCGCUCUGCCAUAGUCGACCCCGACGCACAGCAACAGCAGCAGCCUGGGACGGCGCCGUCUUCGUCUGCGUCCGUCUCCGCGUCCGUCGGUCCUCCAGGCCCAUCCGCGGAGUCCCUGGACCCACAUUUAUCAGCAGGCUCUGCGCAAUCAGACCAACGGAACGGCGUGGUGGGCAUUGACCCGCAGCUGGGGCAGGCGAGGGACGAGGCGGCGGGCGUAGCUGGCAAGCUUGAGCGAUGA